AUGCCUAGAGAACGACGUGCGAACAUCGGCCGCCGCACAAGACAUGCAAGCAAGCAACAAGUCUAUUCAAGGAACUUAAGAGAAGAAAGACAAAAUAUAAUAAGAGAAAAUGACCGAUUGAGACAUCGCGUGAGCACACGAAGAUCAUUGGCAUCAUACAAUCGCUUGGCAUUCCAAUAUGAUCCCACUGCGAACUACAGUGAUGAUGAAAAUUUGGAUAUUGGACGAAUGACGACUAUAUGCCGAUAUUGCAAUGCGUUAAAGUUCAAAAGAGAAACGGUUGGAUUGUGCUGCGCAAGUGGAAAAGUCAAACUGGAUCCAUUACUUACACCACCACAGCCACUGAAAACAUUGUUUGAUGGAAGUGAUCCCGAUUCCAGCCAUUUUCUUCAACACAUCCUUGAAUACAAUAACUGCUUUCGCAUGACUUCCUUUGGAGCUAAUAUCAUUCGAGAAGGCGGCUUCAUGCCGACUUGCAAGAUACAAGGUCAAAUAUAUCAUUUGCAUGGUUCAAUGGUGCCAACCACACCAGAUGAACCGCAUCAAUUUCUGCAAAUAUAUUUCAUUUCGUCGAUGGUGGAUCAGCUGAACGUGCGGUGCAAUAUACAGGGAGCACAACAGUUAAAGAGACGAAUUAUUGAACAGUUGCAAGCAUUUUUUCACGCUAAUAAUGCUGUGGUUAAUAUGUUCAAAACAGCAUUGGAACGAAUGCCAUCGGAUACGCACAAAUUUGUCAUAAGAGCGGAUUGUACUCCAACAGGUGAACAUGUGCGAAGAUUCAAUGCACCCACCGUUAAUGAUGUUGCUGCAAUUAUUGUUGGCGAUCCAACUAAAUCACGAGACAUUGUCGUUCAGCGAAGAAGCAAUAUCAUGCAUCGUGUAAACGAGACACAUCGUUUGUACGAUGCGUUACAAUAUCCAAUCAUUUAUUGGCAAGGGCAAGACGGAUACGACAUCACGUUGAAGAUGGUCGAUCCAAUUACAGGAGUAUCAACGAAUAAUAAAAAUCUAAGCGCAAUGAAUUACUAUGCGUAUCGUAUGAUGAUUCGUACACAUGAGGAGAAUGUCAUUCUGAAGUGCGGUCGGCUAUUCCAGCAAUUCGCUGUCGACAUGUAUGUCAAAGUCGAGACCGAACGUUUAGCGUUCAUCAGAUUCAAUCAGCCAAAGCUACGAUCUGAGGACUAUAUACACUUGCGUGAUGCUAUUCAUUCAGAUGGUGAUGUUCAGAAUAUUGGACGACUGACGGUUCUCCCAUCAACUUAUAUCGGAAGCCCACGCCACAUGCACGAAUACGCUCAAGACGCUAUGACGUACGUGCGAAAUUAUGGAACUCCGGAUUUAUUUAUUACGGUCACAUGCAAUCCGAAGUGGACGGAAAUUGAACGCGAGUUGGAACCGGGUCAAAAACCGCAAGAUCGCCAUGACAUAAUCGCCAGAGUAUUUCAGCAAAAACUCAAGGUUAUGAUGGAUGUGCUUACUAAGUAUCGAGUUUUUGGUGACACACGUUGUUAUAUGUACUCGGUGGAAUGGCAGAAGCGUGGACUACCGCAUGCUCAUAUCCUAAUUUGGUUGCUGAACAAAUUACAUUCAAAUGAAGUGGAUGACAUCAUAUCAGCUGAAAUUCCUGAUCCAGUCACUGAUCCCCGUCUACACGACAUUGUGACGACACAGAUGGUGCAUGGACCGUGUGGUGCAUUAAAUCCAUUAUCGCCUUGCAUGGCUGAUGGAAAGUGCACAAAACGAUAUCCGCGACCGUUAGUUGCUGAAACAGUCACAGGGAACGAUGGAUAUCCAGUUUAUCGUCGGCGUUCAAAAGAAGAUAAUGGUCGAACUAUCAAAGUUAAAGUUCAAAAUCAAGAGAUUGAGAUCGGAAAUGAAUUCAUUGUACCAUAUUGCCCGCUGCUAUCACGAAUUUUCGAAACACAUGCAAACGUUGAGAGUUGUCAUUCGGCCAAAUCAAUCAAAUAUUUGUGCAAGUACGUCACAAAAGGCAGCGACAUGGCUGUGUUUGGUAUUGCGUCGGAAAAUGUGAAUGACGAAAUCAGCAACUUCCAAAUGGGCAGAUACGUCAGUACUAAUGAAGCACUGUGGCGAUUAUUGUCAUUUCAAAUUCAUGAAAGAUAUCCCACAGUUGUACAUUUAGCAGUGCAUUUGGAAAAUGGCCAAAGAGUUUACUUCACUGAGGCUAAUGCGGCACAACGAGCUGAGAGACCACCAUCGACAACAUUGACUAGCUUCUUUGCAAUGUGUGAAGCAGAUCCAUUCGCAGCGACGCUGAUGUACGUUGAAAUGCCCAAGUAUUACACUUGGAAUCAAUCAACAAAGAAAUUCCAACGUCGCAAACAAGGAACCCCAGUUCCAGACUGGCCACAGGUGUUUUCAACUGAUGCACUAGGUCGUAUGUACACUGUUCAUCCUAGAAACGAUGAAUGUUUUUAUUUGCGACUGCUGUUAGUAAAUGUACGUGGACCGAAAUCAUUUGCGCAUUUGAAAACUGUGAAUGGCCACCAAUGCCAAACAUAUCGAGAAGCAUGUCAACUAUUGGGUUUGCUGGAGAACGAUUCUCAUUGGGAUUUAACACUUGCAGAUUCAGUUGUUUCAUCAAAUGCGUACCAAAUACGAACGCUGUUCGCAAUUAUCAUCACCACAUGUUUUCCUUCACAACCAAUUCAGUUAUGGAACAAAUACAAAGACGCCAUAUGUGAAGAUAUCUUGCAUCGCUUGCGUAUUCAAACGAAUAAUCCUGACAUCCAAAUAACCGAUGAAAUCUACAAUGAAGGAUUGAUUCUGAUUGAGGAUCAAUGCUUGACUAUUGCAAACAAGCUACUGAUUGAAGUAGGAAUGAUUGCGCCAAAUCGAUCGAUGCACGAUGCAUUCAACCAAGAAUUAAAUCGAGAGCUGCAAUACAAUGUUGAUACAUUGCAGGAAUUCGUUAGAAAUAAUGUUCCGUUGCUGAAUGAACAGCAAAAACAAGUAUACAAAACAUUAAUGCAAGCGGUGGAUGCUUGCCUAAAGGCAACAUCUUUGGCGGCUUGA